AUGGGAGACUUUUUUGCUCAUCUCUUAAAUCAAUUGUUGAAAAUCAAGAACCCACUAUGGAAUUCUGGAAUUCUGGAAGAGAUCGCUAAACCCUUUAACAUGGACAGAAAUACUGCGUCAAGUACUGGCUGCCGCUGGUUUUGGUUCAAAGCAAGGUGCAAGGCGAAGGGAUGCCCUUAG